AUGGAUAUAAUUGGACCGCUACCCAACAUUAAAGGAUACCGUUACUAAUGAUCGAUCGUUUCACAAGGUGGUCUGAAGCAGUUCCAGUUCAAGAUAUUUCAGCGGACACCGUCGUGGAUGCACUUUUUCAUACCUGGAUAGCACACUUCGGGUCGCCCAUGACAAUCACUACCGAUCAAGGAGCACAAUUUGAAUCGCAACUGUUUAGAUCUCUGACUAAUCUUCUGGGAUGCAAACGUACAAGGACUACAGCGUAUCAUCCAGCAUCAAAUGGGAUAAUUGAACGCUGGCAUCGUUCUUUGAAAACUGCAAUCCGUUGCUAUGAAUCUAAAAAUUGGUUACAAGCAUUACGAGUUGUUCUAUUAGGGUUGCGCACCAGCAUCAAAGAAGACAUCAAGGCCACAGCAGCAGAAUUGGUAUAUGAAACUACCCUACGUUUACCAGCUGAAUACUUUUUCAAAGAAGAUGUUGCACCAGAACCAGAGACUUUUAUACAACAUUUCCGAGAGCACAUGCGGAAUGUCAGGUCUACGCCAACAGCUCAUCACAGUAAAAAGAAGACAUUCACACAUAAGACUUUAUAUACAUGUACCCACGUCUUUGUGCGAGUGGACAAAGUAAGAGGCCCACUAGAACCACCAUAGAUAGAAAGACCG